CACUUAUAUUAGAUGUGUCUCAACGUGCACUAGAGUAUAAAUUUACAAUAUUAGUUAAUCUUUGAAUUGCUCUUCUUAUCGAUAUAAGUUAAUCUUUUAGAAAGCGACUUGAUAUUUGACAUCGAUCUACAGAGUACUAGAGGCUAGCAUGGUGGUGAAAUGGCAUGGAUUUGGGCGACUCCACAAAACCAUUCCACUUCAUUCAAUGUCAUCACCCAAGUGUCCCCAUCUGGACACGUGUGUGGCCACGUACUCGUGUUAAGUGCCAGCAAGAAUACAAGCCUAGCUAAAAACUGUGCAUUUAAAUAAGUUAACACAAAUUAAAAGUGCGUAAUGGUAAAAAGCAGCUACGUAGUAGAUAGAUAGAUAGAUACACGAUGGCGCUGGAUGUAAUUCACAAGUUUCUGAACCUGGUAGCUCCGCCCUUCACCUUCUUCGCUCUGCUUCUAUUGUGGGCCCCAUUCCAAGUCUUCAAGUUUUUCCUCUCAAUUUUGGGCUCAGCUACCGCCGAGGAUGUCGCCGGCAAGGUAAUCAUCAUUACCGGCGCUUCCUCCGGCAUUGGUGAGCAUCUUGCAUAUGAGUACGCGAAACGGGGAGCAUGUUUAGUUCUUGUCGCAAGGAGAGAGGUAAGUCUACAAGAAGUAGCCAAUCGGGCUUUACACAUGGGAGCUCCAGAAGCUCUAGCCAUCCGAGCAGAUGUUUCCAUUGUAGAAGACUGUAGAAGGAUUGUGGAUCAAGCCAUUAGUCACUUUGGCCGCAUUGAUCAUCUGGUUAACAAUGCUGGGAUAUCCUCAAUUUCAUUGUUUGAAGAGGUCGAGGAUCUCACUUCUCUUCGGCCCGUUAUGGACAUAAACUUCUGGGGAUCAGUGUAUAUGACUCGCUUCGCAUCUCCUCAUCUCAGGAAGAGCAACGGCAGAAUUGUCGUGAUAUCAUCAUCCGCGGCUUGGUUAUCUGCACCCAGAAUGAGCAUUUACAAUAUAUAAAAAUUACUGCGGUGACUCCUGGAUUUAUAGAGUCAGAACUUACUCAAGGAAAGCACUUGGAUAACACCGGCCAGUUAGACGUUAACAGCCAUUUGAGGGAUGUGCAGGUGAACAUAAUCCCUAUAGGGAGGGUGGAAGCGUGUGCCAAGGCGAUCCUGAAUAGUGCUUGUCAUGGGGAGAGGUAUCUGACCCACCCGCCCUGGUUCAAAGUGACCUAUUGGUGGAAGCUCUUCACCCCUGAGAUGCUCCACUAUUACCAUAUGCUGCUUUUCAUGACUUUUCCAGGCGGAAGUACUUCACCACUCGGCAAGAAGAUACUGGAUUUCACUGGCUGUCGGGAAAUCAUCUACCCAAAAUCACUCCUUGAAUCUACACCAAAAAUUGACUAAUCAAUCAUUUUCU